CGCCAUGACGUGUCGCGCACUUUUGACGCGAGCGUCCGCCUUCCAUAUUCCGGGAGCGCGUUCCGUUCGACGCGUCUCAGCAGCAAGUCAAUAAACUCGAUGGCCGUGACGGAGAAGCUCAUCCAGACGGUGCACGCGUACCCGGUGCUCUAUAACGCGUCGCUGCACGAUUAUCGCCGCUCGGAGCGAAGGGUGAAGGCGUGGAGGGAGGUCGCCGCGUGCGUCGGGCUCUCCGUGGUGGAGUGCAAGCGCAGAUGGAAGACCAUCAGGGACAGAUACAUCCGAGAGCGGAGGCUGUGCAAGCUGAGGAAGGAGGAGGGCAGCCGGCGCCUGCAUUACUGGCCACACAGAGAGAGCCUGGCGUUUCUGGACGCUCACAUCAGGAGGAGGAAGCGUGGCGCUGAAGCCGAGGCUCCAGAGGAGCUGCAUGACGAGUCCAGCGGCGACGACUCGAGAGCAAAGAGCAAGCAGUUCCUGCUCAACAUCCCGGAGUCGGAGCAGCAGCUCAAGCCCGUGUCCACCGUCAGACCGGUCCCGCCGGUGACCCAGCUGCUGCUCGCCGGUCUGCCUCCUGCACUGAAGGUGUCGCAGGCGUCCGCUUCGACUCCACAGCCGCUGGCCGUCAUGACAAACACCAGCAACCUCAGCGCGAAGACGGAGGAGAACGAGGCGCUGAAGAGCUGCGAGAAAGCCGCGCGAGCGUUCGACGAGGACGAGCUGUUUCUCUUGAGUUACGUCGCUGCGCUCAAAAGACUGACGCCGCAGAAAAGAGCCGCCGUCAAGAUGCAGAUCCAGCAGAUCAUGUUUGACGCAGAGUUCAAAGACCACUGAACACAAACUCGUUUUUUACUGUCGAAGCCCCUCGAGCGGUUUAGAGCAGAAGGUGCUUGGUUUCUGUAUGAAUGCUGGAAUAAAUGGCCUCGCCUUCUGUUUCGUCAAAUAUGCAGAAAAGCAUUAAUUGUGUGUCCGGACGUUCUGCAUUGAGUUACAGUCAUUGCUUUUAACUCUAAACACAAUUCGGUUACGCUUUAUCUGAAGGUGUCUUUGUUAGUGCUGAGUAAUGUUAAUGUACUCACUAUAUGGUUAGGGUUACUUGCAUGUGAUUAUGCAUAAUUAAUUGUUGCUAUAAUAGUAAGUACGUGUAAUGUGUGUAACGAGGACACCUUAAAAUAAAGCGUCACCCACAAUUCAAUGAAAUGCAUGAUUUAAAACACGUGAAAAACUGAUGCAGAAGAUGCCUUCAUAUCAUCACAGCACAUUUGACAAAAUAUAUAUUCUCAGCAUUAAAUGUCUAACACUUUAGACAUUUUUGGGGAAUUUUCAGAUAAACCAUGAAUAUGAUGUUUGCCAGUGACUAAUGAAGCCGUGUUGUUUUUUGAUUCAUAAAAGCAUGAAUCAAGGAAAACUGACUCGACUGAUAAUCAGAGCAAAGACACAAGAGCUAAUAACAACAGAUGGAAACAUGGGAGUUAUGCAGUAACCCAAACCCAUUUCUAAAUAUAUAUUCUCAGCAUGUCUUGGUGCAAACUCUCAGUGAGUGCAUUCAUUUCUUUUUAAUUUUCAUUAGAAGCCCAGACGUUCUCUACUGUCUUUGUUCCAAAUAAAAAUAUGAACUCAUGGAAAACAAGUGCUCAGUUGAUUUUAAAGACAAAAACUAAUUAUGCGGUGAUCAAAUAUCUUACACUCAAGCUUCUUCGUUCUUUCUACCAACCUCAUGAUCGGUUUAGUGAUGGAACAGUUAACUAGUCAACCAGUUAGUGUCACGAACGGAUU